CUCAACAUGUUUUCCAACAACUGCAACUAUUACUCAUUGUCUAAAAAACCUUCUCUCACCAAAACUUACAACAACAAAAAAAAAAGAAGAAAAUUUUAGAACAAUGGAGGCAUCAAAGAUGAAGUUUUUCUUGGUUUUGGUGGUUUCCGUGUUGGCGAUGGCAGCAACUGGGGUUUCAGCUGCUGAUGCACCUGCCCCAGGUCCUUCAUCCGAUGCCACCACCCUCUUUGUGCCCACUGCUUUUGCUUCUCUCUUUGUUCUUGCAUUUGGCCUUCUCUUCUAAUUUUCCAACAACCCUUUGGUUAUUUGUUACAUAUAUAAUGUGCAGAGGUGGUGGUUGUGUUUUGUGUUUCGUUCUUCACUUUUUUUCCAACUCAACUUGAGAAGUGGUUGGUUGGUCACUACUCUCUUGUGAGUAGAAGGGUUUUUUUUUUUUUUUUGAGGAUGCAUUGAAUUGGAGAUUUGGAGUGAGGAAGGAUGACAGUAGAUAACACAAUAUAGGAUCAUUUUGUUGGGUUUUUCUUCUUCUUCGUUUUCUAUAUUAUUAUCAUCAUCAUUCUUAUUCUUAUGUAACAAAUUCAUUAUUAAUUAUUCCUCAUUGUACUUUUUUUAUGGGUUGUGACAAUGUAAUCUUAUUGUGAUUUGUUUGGUUCC